AGAGAGGUGUCAUGAAGCCCGACGGUGUGGCGCUCUUUCAGCACACGCACCAUCACCGCCACGAUAUCGUUCACCAAGAUGAGAGUCGCCACCACUCCACCCAGUGCUCGCCCGCGAGCCCGCGGCCAGCGAAGAUGACAUCUUUUGUAGCGACCACGGCUCCGUACACUGCGGCCGUGGCCCGCCGGAACGAACGCGAGCGAAACCGGGUGAGACUAGUGAACCAUGGUUUCAACGCGCUCCGGCAGCACGUCCCCCAGACAGGCCAGAAGAAACUGAGCAAAGUGGAAACGCUGCGGUCGGCAGUUGAGUACAUCCGCGAGCUGCAAAAGCUGCUGGAACUUACCAGACGCCAAGCGGUAUCACUCCCCGAAGAACAGUACAGUUCUCCGAAGGAGAACAGGGUUCCUGACGGUGCCUAUUCGGGUUCUUCACCUCCCUCUAUAGUGGAAUCAACGUCGUCUCCCUGCAGCAGCAACAGCAAUGAGUGCGGGAUUCCUGCCUCCCGCGUUGAUCGGGCGGGCAGUUUUGAGGAACACUGUGCCUCACCCAAGAAGGCUUCCUGUGGUGUCGACGACGAACAGGAAGUUCUGUGGGAACUGGCUUCCUGGUGGCCAGCGACGUAG